AUGCUGUUCCUGCAACUUGUGCUGUUGGCGGUUCUCCUCCUGGGGGGUGACAGCGAAGAUGAUUCCCAGGAGCCGAUCUCCUUCCGGAUCAUCCUGACCACAUCCUUUUACAACAGUUCCUCGACGCAGAAUCAAGGCUCAGCUUGGCUGGAUGAGCUGCAGACUCACGGCUGGAACAACAAGACAGGAGCUUUCCGUUACCUGCAGCCUUGGUCUAAGGGCAACUUCAGCAACGAGGAGCUCCUGGAAGUGCAGAACUUAUUCUACACAUACACCAUCCGAUCCCCUUCCACAUUUCAUAACCACAUCCGUGACUGGCACCUUGAAUAUCCCUUUCAGAUUCAGCUGGUAUUAGGCUGUGAUUCCCACUUUGGAGAAGCAUCAGCAGGCUUCCUGCAGUUGGCUUAUCAGGGAUCUGAUCUCCUGAGCUUCCAGAACACGUCAUGGAGGCCAUCUCCAGAGGGAGGAAGUAGGGCUCAGAAGGUCUGCAGUCUAUUCAACCAGGACCAUGUUUCCCAUGAAAUAGUACGCAAGCUCCUCAAUGAGAUCUGCCCCCGGAUCUUGUUGAGUCUUCUUGAUGCAGGGAAGGUGGAUCUCCAGCGACAAGUGAGGCCUGAGGCCUGGCUGUCCACUGGCCCCAGCCCCGGGUCUGGCCAUCUGCGGCUGGUGUGCCACGUCUCCGGCUUCUACCCCAAGCCUGUUUGGGUGAUGUGGAUGCGGGGCGAGCAGGAGCAGACAGGCUCCCAGCGAGGUGACGUCCUGCCCCAUGCUGAUGGCACGUGGUACCUUCAGGUGUCCUUGGAUGUGAAAGCCAAGGAGGCAGCUGGCCUGUCCUGCCGUGUGAGACACAGCAGUCUAGGAGGCCAGGACAUGGUCCUCCACUGGGAGCAGCCCCCUUCCAUGGGCUUGGUCUUCCUGGUGGUGAUCGUGCCCCUGGUGCUCCUGGCAGGCCUGGUGUGGUGGCUCUGGAAACGCUGGAAAGCCCACU